UAACAAUCGGUGGCCGGCGCAAGAAGUCGACGCGAACGACACCAGUUUAAAGAGCGCGUCGAGUCUUAUGCAGUGUCGUAGACGUUUCUGGAAAGUAAUCGUUCGUCGGUGGUUCAGUUGACAAUUGUCUUUUUACCCUUUCCUCCGUGUGUGUGUGUGCGCACAAAAUGCUCUUCGACGUUACGAGAUGUAGUGCUGGCGGUGCUGCUGCUGCGGCUGUGGUGUGUUUAGUGCUCCUGUCGCUCGUGCAAACAGGUUGUUCCCUUCGGUGUGACUUUUGUUACGAUGUUGAGGAUUGCUCGCUAGGCCAGGACGUUCCGACGGUGGUCUGUGAUGAGGAGUCGGUGCAGCUUACCAACAGUAGCCUCGCGAGCUUCAUCCGUCCGCUGCGCAGCUCCCUACCGACGGUUCGUAACCAGUACGAGUGUGUCCACGUGCGUGCCACCUCCGUAAGUGGCCACGUGUUUCUGUUUGUUCGCGGAUGUGUCCACCGGCUGGACGAUGCCACUGGGCACUUUUGUUCGCUCCCGCAUGCCGCCUACCAGGGAUCGCUUGAAUGCAUGGCAUGCUCCGAGGGAGAUCGAUGCAACAACAUCCCGCUCACCGACGAUGACGACGAUGGUGACGAUGGCAACGACGAAGGAAGCUUUUCCGGUGCCAUAGUGCAAAGGUCACCGGUGUCGCUAAUGAGUUUCUCGGUUCUUGCACUUUGCCUACGGAUACUCCACUACACCAGCACAGUGAUUAUGCCGUUCAGCUGAUGAUGGAUUGAUGAAUGUCAUAAUAAAAAAUCAUAACUUUC